AUGAUUCAGUUGGGUCAGUCGAGACAGGAUGAUGCUCUUCAUUACAUGAUGACUACUCAUAGUAUGAGGAUCCCAGACUUCUUCCAGCUGAGGCAGCAGGGUGGCCCUGUUGGUGCUGGUGCAAGGGUUGAGCCAGAUCCUCCAUUCCAUGUAUUUGAAGAGAGCAGUGGUGCAGGUGGUGAAGAGGAGGACAAUAACAUUUCCAAGUGGGAGGAACGUGUAUGCAUAAACAGUGGAAGAAAGUUUUACAAACCAAAAGUCUGUGGAUCUCUUACACCUGCUGUUGGAAUGCUUUUUAAGUCAUUUGACGAGGCAUUUGCAUUUUAUCAGAGAUAUGCACUUGCUGCAGGUUUUUCUGCAAGAAAAAAUACCUCUUGGAAAAAUAUUGGUGGUUUAGUAAAAAUAAGAUAUAUUGUCUGUUCAAAAGAAGGAUUUCAUGUUUCCAAAGCAAUAGAUUCUGGUUCAGUUGAGAAUAGUAAAAAGAUUGUUAGACGUAAUAGAGGUUCAAAAAGAGUUGGAUGCAAUGCUCAUGUGAAACUAAUAUUAGAGGACAAUAAUAUGUUUAAACUCUACUUCUUUGAAGAAGAACAUAAUCAUAUCUUUGUUGAAGAUGAAGAUAUUCAUUUCUUGCCGGCUGCCAGAAGUAUCGAUUAUGUGAAAGAAAGUUUUAUAUUUGGAUUGUCUGCAAUCAAUAUUGGACCUGUUAAAGCAUUCAAUAUUAUGAAAACAAUUUAUGGUGGUUUUAGUGAAGUUGGAGCUAGUAAAGUUGAUUGUAAGAAUUAUAGAAGGGAUUUGAAUCUUUACAUCGGAGAGUAUGAUGCAGAAAUGGUAGUUAGGCGCCUUAUUAGGAAGAAAGAAUGUUGUCCUGGUUUCACAUGUGAUUAUGUUAUUGGUGAAGAUAGAAGAUUGAGAGGGCUUUUCUGGGCUGAUGAGGAAUCAAAAAAAAAUUAUACAGUGUUUGGUGACAUAUUUGGUUUUGAUGCUACUUAUAAAUCAAACAAGUAUGAUUUGGUUUUUGUACCAUUUACUGGUAUUGAUAAUCAUUUUAGGAAUGUCACAUUUGGUGGUGCAUUACUUGGUUCGGAGACUGCAGAUUCGUAUAGAUGGCUUUUAAGAUGCUUUGUUAAUGCUUUUGGAAGUGAGCCUAAAGUUGUUGUUACUGAUCAAGAUGCUGCAAUGAAGAGAGCUAUUAAGGAUGUACUUCCAAGAAGUAGGCAUAGGUUAUGUAUGUGGCAUAUAUGGGAGAAAUUGAAGACAAAGGUUGGUCCUGUUUUGUCAGCAAACACUGAUUUUAAUACAAGAAUGACUCGUGUUGUUUGGAAUGAUACUAUUAUUCCAGAAGAUUUUGAAACUGAGUGGCAUUCAAUAAUGUCUACUUUUGGAUUGGAAAAUCAUGAGUGGUUAAAAGACAUGUACGAUCUUCGAUUUGAUUAG